GAUCCCGCAAAUGCUAAUGGCGGAAAAUGGGUGAUUUCAUUGAGAAAUCCUCAAUUGCUUGACCGAUGUUGGACAUGGCUCGUGUAUUCGUUGGUCGGAGAAGAAUUAGAUGAGCAUGAUGAUAUCUGUGGUGCCGGACACAUCGAUCCUGAUUUAGCUCACGUAUGUUCACGUUCAAACAUAGUCAUGUCUCGCAGAUCCCGAGGGGAUCGUAUUGCGGUGUGGGUGAGGGACAAGGACAAUGUUCCCGUGAUCAAUGGAAUUGGGAGACGUCUGUUGAAAAUUUUGGACUUGCAAAACGAAAAUAGCAUCGGGAUGGACUUCCAGUUUAAUGAAGACGCCUUGAAAUCCGGAACGUCUUACAACAAUCGUGUAUAUCUGUCUCUCGAAAGUUUAAAACAGGAAUUGGAAAAAGAGAGGUUGGACGAACUUUCCAAGGCGGAGAAAGAACAGAACAACGAUGCAGACAAUGUUAAUGUGCCGGAAACGCCGAAAACCGAGAUUAAGGUGACAACGCCAGACGAAAUAACCACGAACGUGGAUGUUGCACCAGAUGCAACUAACAACGAGGAAACCCCUCAAGAAAAAGAAAACAAAAAAGACGACUAG